AUGAUUAGAGCAAAUAUUCCAAAAAUUCCUGUUCCAACAUAUCCAGAAUUACCCAAAGCAAAUAUUCCAGGAAUUCCUGUUCCCAAAUAUCCGGAAUUCCCAGAUGUGAAUAUUCCUACUAUUCCAAGUCCCGAAUUCCCCAAAAUGAGUGAAGCAACGAUUCCAAAAAUUCCUGUUCCAACAUAUCCAGAAUUACCCAAAGCAAAUAUUCCAGGAAUUCCUGUUCCCAAAUAUCCGGAAUUUCCAGAUGUGAAUAUUCCUACUAUUCCAAGUCCUGAAUUCCCCAAAAUGAGUGAAGCAACGAUUCCAAAAAUUCCUGUUCCAACAUAUCCAGAAUUACCCAAAGCAAAUAUUCCAGGAAUUCCUGUUCCCAAAUAUCCGGAAUUGCCAGAUGUGAAUAUUCCUACUAUUCCAAGUCCUGAAUUCCCCAAAAUGAGUGAAGCAACGAUUCCAAAAAUUCCUGUUCCAACAUAUCCAGAAUUACCCAAAGCAAAUAUUCCAGGAAUUCCUGUUCCCAAAUAUCCGGAAUUGCCAGAUGUGAAUAUUCCUACUAUUCCAAGUCCGAAUUCCCCAAAAUGA